AUGGAUUUGAAUAUACGAAGAAAAUCUACAAAGACUCGAGUCACAGGGAGUCUUAUUGAAUCGUAUCCUCAUGAUCUUCAGAUGUAUAAGCUUCCACCUUUGGAAAAUAUAUCCCUUCAAGAAUUUGAAUCCUUAGCCUUAGAAAGAGUAACUUUAUUGAGAAGUUUAGCAACCUCUACUACACUCAAAGGAUUUCGAAUAUACUCAGAAGAAUGGGUAGAAUAUAUAAUUGGAGAGUUAAGAAGUCAAGGUUUAAAAUACUAUGCUAAGCUGUGCGAAAAAUCUGCAUGCGGCACUACCGAAGCCGACCUGCAAGCAAGGCGUAAGGAUCAUAUUGCUCAUUUUAUACUCAGGCUGGCAUACUGCAGAACAGAAGAAUUGCGACGAUGGUUUAUUGCAAGAGAAUUGGAGUUGUUUAAAAUGAGGUUUGCCACCAUGAGAGGAGAUGCGGUCGAAUCAUUUUUCAAAAUUAACAAUCUUUGCUACACCAAUAUUAGUGAUGAAGAAAAAAGUGAAAUUAUGCAUUUUUUAAGAGAGAGUACCCCAUACCCAAACUUAGAUAACAUGAAAUUCUACAAAGUGAAAUUUUAUGAGGUAUUAGAUUUAGUGAAGUCAAGAAGGGUGUAUCUAAGUUGUGGUUUUGCCUAUAUUCCCCAUAAGGAUUUUAUAUCUGUACUGGCUGCUCAAUACAGAACUCAAUUAAAGCAGAGUUUAGCCAUUGCAUGUCAUCAUUUAGGUGAAAUUGAGCAAGAUGAGAGACUGGUUACAUUAUUGAAAGGAUUACAUCAGUCAUAUUCAGGUGCUGAUUACAGUAGCGUGAAGGCAGUUGUACCUAUUGAGAGCCUUGACUCACUCUCUGUUAAAUCAUUCCCGUUAUGUAUGAGACAACUCCAUGAGCAAUUGAGAUUAUCCCAUCAUUUAAAACAUGGAGGAAGAUUACAAUAUGGUUUGUUUUUAAAGGGAAUUGGAGUAACACUUGAAGAUUCUUUAAGAUUCUGGAGAGAAGAAUUUACAAGAAUAAUGGAGCUUGAUAAGUUUGAGAAACAAUAUGCUUACAAUGUGAGGUAUAAUUAUGGUAAGGAGGGCAGUAAAAAGAACUACUCUCCGUUUAGUUGUCUGAAGAUUAUAAAUACUACUGUUGGACCUGGAGACUGUCAUGGAUGUCCAUACAGGCAUUGCGACAUUAGCAAUCUAAAGAAUAGACUUCAAGGAUAUGGAUUUAAUUCCCAAGCAAUUACAGAAAUAAUAGAUAUGACUAAAAAGGGUCACUUCCAAGUAGCUUGCAGUAAAUACUUCGAUGCUGUUCACCACACUGACUUGGGUAUUGGCAUCAAUCAUCCUAACCAAUACUUUGAAGAAAGCCAGAAAAUUGUAAAAGGAGAAGUGAAAGUUGAAGUGAAGAAAGAAGUUAAGAGUACUGCUGUAAAAAUGGAAGUCAUUGAUCAGAUUGAAGAAAUGGAUUUCGAUGAAGUCAUGUAA